AUGGAUGAAUACACUAGAGAGCCAUGGUAAUUUUAUCUUUUUUGGUGUUUUUAUUGUUUUAGGCUUCAAAUUGAUGAAAGUUGAUUAAAAAUUGAGAUUUUAAAAGUGAUUGGAAUGUAAACCUUAAUUUAUUGUUAAUUUUUAGCCCCUACCGAAUCUUUGAUGACAUUGGGAGUGCUUUCUGUAUGGGUUUGAUUGGUGGAUCGAUAUUUCAUUCAGUUUCGGCCUAUCGAAACGCGGCUAAAAACAAAAAACUGGUCAGUAUGUUCGCUGAAUUGAGGUUGAAAUCACCACUGACAGGCGGUCAGUUUUCAGCAUGGGGUGGUAUGUUCAGUACGAUCGAUUGUACGUUGGUGGCUAUAAGGAAAAAGGUGGGUUUAUGUUAUUUCUGGGUUGAAAACGGGGGUUUUUGGGCCGAAAAUGAGGUUUUUUUGAUGUUAUAAUGUUCUGUAGGGCAAGUCAGGUUAGCUUAAAGUAAGGCAGGAUAUUUUAAACUAAGGUAGAUUAAGGUAGGGUAAAAUAGGAUAGAAUAGUGUAGAAAAAAAAAUUAUAAGCAAAGCCAAUACCUAUCCCUCUUCCAGGAAGACUCACUAAACCCGAUAGCCUCAGGCUCCUUGACCGGUGCCAUAUUAUCAAUCAGAUCAGGCCCUCGAAUUAUGGCUGGUUCAGCAAUUCUAGGUGGCACGGUGUUAGCUAUGAUUGAAGGUAUGGGUGUGUUGAUGUCACGUUAUAUGGGCAGUAUGUAUGAUCCAACGCAACAACAAAUGCCCGAAGAUCCGUCUCAAUUACCAAUGAAAAAGGAACCUGAAGUGCGUGAUGAAAGUGGCUCUAGUGAGCAAAUCGCACCCUUUGGUAUCCCGAAGUUAAGCCUUUAG